UCCAUAUUAUAUAUUCUGUCUUUCGUGAAUUAUUUUUAUAUUGAUGUUCGCGUGUGUUAACUGUUAGCAAUUCAUAGAUUUUAAACAUAAUUAAAAUCUAUGGCUUAAUUAUAUCAUUAUAUUCAUUAGUUAGUGUUGCCAAUAGUUUCAUAUACAUCAGUAAAUUCACCGAAGCCGAUGUCCGAACCGUCUGCGCACAAAUCGCACAACCUAUUUGUCAGUCUUCAAAUCCUGGGCUUGAUAUUCAAUUCACAAUGCAAAGUAUAAAGCAAAUACCAGAAUCCAGUAUAUGUGAUCCAGCGAAAUACGAAUAUAAAAAAUCGUCUUAUUCGGAGGUAUAUGAAGUACUACAAUCCUUACGCAAUGGUGAGGUUUUUUGUGAUAUUAAACUUGAAACAGAUGAUAAAAAAAUAAUAUUUGCACAUAAAGUGGUUUUAGCAUCGGCUAGUCCAUAUUUUCAUGCAAUGUUCACAAAUUUUGCAGAAAGGAACCAUGAUCUUGUUGUUAUGAAAAAAUUAGAUUUCACCGCUUUACAACUGUUAGUAGACUUUAUUUAUUCUGGGAAAAUCUCGGUCACUGAAGAAAGCGCCCAGGCAUUAUUACAAGCUGCAAAUCUCUUGCAGUUAGAAGAAGUAAAAGAGGCAUGCUGUCAUUUUUUACAGACACAACUAUGCACUACUAACUGUAUUGGUAUAUACGCUAUAGCUGAUUUACAUAGCUGUACGAAAUUGUUAGCAAGUUCAGAAUUAUAUAUUCAACAGCACUUUUCAGAAGUUUUUGGUGAUGACGAAUUUCUAUCCUUAUCAUCCGAACAAGUUGUUAAGUUUAUUUCCAGUGAUAAACUUAUAGUUCCAUCUGAAGAAAAAGUAUUCGAAUGUGUUAUUCGUUGGGUAAGCCAUGAAUCGGGUUUAAGAAAAUGUAGUUUAUCCCAAUUAAUGGAACACGUACGUUUACCAUUAACAUCAAAAAAUUACAUAUUAAAAACAGUAGUUGAGGAACCUCUUAUUAAGAAUUGUCUUAAAUGUAAAGAUUACAUAAAUGAGGCAUUAAAUUUUCAUAAUAAUAUACUCAAGUCAGAAGAGCUUAUUUCACAAAACAUUCGGAAGAAACCCAGAUAUGGAGAUAAAGUUAUAUUAGCUGUUGGUGGAAUUGAGACUGAAUUAAGUAAGCGUACAGAAUGGUACGAUCCAAAAACGGACCGAUGGCAUUAUGGACCAGAAAUGAUUACAAGUCGUGGAAGAGCUGGUCUAGCCGUAGUGAAAGAUAAUUUAGUGUUUGCUGUGGGUGGUUUUGAUGAUGAUGUUGAAUCUCUUCGGUCUGUCGAUGUCCUAGAUUUAUCUUCUGAAUCACCCUGUUGGAAACCAAGUGUUGGCAUGUUAGUUGAACGAGAUAUUUUAGGAGUUGGUGUUAUCAAUAAUUACCUAUAUGCCGUCGGUGGACAUAAUGAUAGUGAUGGUACAUUAGAUACUGCAGAAGUUUUUGAUUACGAUACUCAAGAAUGGAGUUUCAUAACAAGUAUGUCUACUAUAAGAUAUGACUUUGGGGUCGGAGUCCUGAAUAAUCUUUUAUACGCGGUAGGAGGACUUGGUCAAUCAUCACAGGCUUUAGACACUGUUGAAUGUUAUGAUCCCAAUCUUGAUACAUGGACACCAGCCUCAAUAAUGUGUGUACAUCGCAGAGGUGCUGGUGUAGGAGUUUUAGACGGUGUACUGUAUGCUGUAGGUGGUCAUGAUGGAUUUAACUACCUGAGAAGUGUUGAAACGUACACACCAAAUACAGGCGUUUGGACUUCUAUUGGAGAGAUGAGUUUACCUCGACGACAUGCAGGAGUAGUUGCAUUAGACGGUUUAUUGUACGUCGUCGGUGGAGAUGACGAAACUUCUAAUUUGGAUGCUGUAGAAUGUUAUAACCCAAAAACUAAUACCUGGACCAUGGUCACUGCAUCAAUGAAUGAUAAACGGAUUUCAGUAGGAGUAGUAGUCAUUAAUAGGCCACAACAUUUUAAAACUUGUUAGCAUUCAUGAUUUUUUUUUUGAUACAAUAAAUAAAUGUUUUCUUCUUUUA